AUGAGAAUAAGGGCAACCAAUACACCUAUACCAAUACCAAUCUUUGCGCCCAAUGAAAUUGAAUCGCUUGAAUCUUUCUUAUCGUCAGAAUUUGUUGAAUUAGAUCCAUUUAUAUUUGAUGCAUCAAAAGU